UGGUCUGACGCUUAUAUGAGGCGUCAGCAGGCGUUUUUUACCGGAAGCGUUCUCGGAUCGCUAUUGGCUGUUGACGCUCUGUGGGCGUGGCAUGUUUACCCGGGAAACUUCAGUGCUGAGCCCGCCAGAACAAACAGUUGCCCGGAUAGUUCAGCUUUAAAAACAGCUACACUUUCAUCCACAAAAAUGCCCGCCACCUCAGAAAUACACACCGAGGAGCUGCUCCGACAGGACGGCGGUGAGAAGCAGAAGGAGAUGCAGGUGGUGGCGGCGGAGGAGGAAAAGAGGAAGAAGAGUACGUUUGGUCUCUUCUGUGAUGAACGCGGGUAUCUGGAUCAGAUUGAAUUCAUCCUGCAGAACGGUCGCAGAAAGGGGGACCGCACCGGGACCGGAGUCGUGUCUGUGUUCGGUUCUCAGGCCAGAUACAGCCUCCGAGAUCAGUUUCCUUUGCUGACGACCAAGAGAGUGUUUUGGAGAGGAAUCCUUGAAGAGUUGCUUUGGUUCAUCAAGGGAUCAACAAAUGCCAAGGAGCUCUCGGAGAAAGGGGUGAGGAUCUGGGAUGCCAACGGCUCCCGGGACUUCCUGGACAAGAGCGGGUUCACAGACAGAGAGGAGGGCGACCUCGGACCCGUGUACGGUUUCCAGUGGAGGCACUUUGGCGCUGAGUACACAAACAUGCAUGCAGAUUACACAGGACAAGGUGUCGACCAGCUGCAGAAAGUCAUCGACACCAUCAAGAGGAACCCAGAGGACAGACGGAUCAUCAUGUGCGCCUGGAAUCCCAAAGACCUGCCCUACAUGGCUCUGCCGCCCUGCCACGCCCUCUGUCAGUUCUACGUGUGCGACGGUGAGCUGUCGUGUCAGCUGUACCAGCGCUCGGGCGAUAUGGGCCUCGGAGUGCCUUUCAACAUCGCCAGCUAUGCACUGCUCACAUACAUGAUCGCACACAUCACAGGACUCAAGCCUGGAGACUUUGUUCACACCCUGGGAGACGCUCACAUCUAUACCAACCACAUUGAACCUCUCAAAGUACAGCUCCAGAGAGAGAUCCGACCCUUCCCCAAGCUGAAGAUCCUGAGAAAAGUGGAGAGUAUCGAUGAUUUCCGUGCAGAGGACUUUGAAAUCUGCGACUACAACCCGCAUCCCACCAUCAAGAUGCAGAUGGCUGUGUGAAAGCCAACAUGAAGAUGCAUAAAUAUGAAGCCUUAGCAAAUCUGUCACACUCCACUUAUGAAGUAUUUUUGCUUCACUUUGCUUCUCAUUUACACACUUUCACUUUUUAACGAAGCCACACUUGAAAAUCUGUUCACCCAAAUUACAAAAAAGGGGUGAAUUUUUUUGUGAUUUGGGUGUUUUUUGGGGGGUUUUUUCUACUUUAAAACAAAGCUGGAUUUGAAAUGGAUUUUUUUUUUGUAGUUGUUGAAGGUCCGAAAUCAGUUUAAACUUUUGUAUUUGUAAAAUAACUAAUAUCUUAUUGUGUAAAUAAAGAAAUUUUGUAACUUUGA